AUGAUCUACACCAUGACAGAACCAGUUGAAGAUGGCUUGUCAUACCUCGAACAAGAAGGAGGAGAUCAGUGGAACGAAAGUGAUCCCCCGUUCUACUGUAUCUUUUCUGACCACUGGCCCCCUCUUGUCGACGAUUUUCCAUACGACCAUUUUCUCGAACCUCCCUCCGCUCCCCUUGCCCCUGACCUUGCGACUUCUGCCUCAGCCGGCGCUCUCCAUGAAAUCACGAAUGUCCAAUACGAUAAGGGCUCCCCGCCGGACGAUGAUGCCUCUGCUGUCGAUACUCCGAGCCUUGACCUCCACGACGGGAUGUCUGACAUCACUUCUACAAUUGCCUCCACUGCGGACGAAGAGAAAGGACCGGCUACUGUCGCAGAUGAUAGUCUUCAGAGGCCUACGUCUUAUGGCAAAGUCUCGACGGGUGUUAAAUCUAGACGUGGCAGUCCACUGAAGUGCAAAUGGAAGCACUGCGAAUACUCAGGUGGAUUUUCUCAAAUGGGAGCCCUGCUACGCCAUAUCAAAACAAAGCACAUCUCGCCAGGACUAUACGAAUGCCCCCAGGAAGAGUGCCAGAAGUCGUUCAACCGGAAGGACAACUUGGUUGCACAUAUCCGGAAUGUUCACCGCGAAAUCGUUUGA